UCUCGACCCCUAAAAAGCUAGUCGGGUUGGUUUGUAUCCUUCCCCAGACUACUUUGCGUCCUUAAUAGGCACGCGUCCCCUUUUUUUGACUAACCAUCCGGUCUUCUCCUGUUUAAUUUAUACUUUUUCCUCCAUCCUAGGACUUUGCUGAGAUCGGAUCGGAUGUGACACAUUAAACCGAAACUGGCGCCCUUUACUUUCCCGUUGACUGUUACGCCCUAGCUGUACGUAAUUCUCUGCAGGUCACGCCCUUAAACGACAAACCCACGACCAGCCGGAAGAGAUGGAAUUUAUCAAUUGGGACGCUACCGGAGGUGGCGCCGAUUUUGAUCCGGUAGUUACGUCGGAGGGCGUACCCGUCGUACCCAUUGAUGCUGUUCCUCCUUCGUCAGACGAACCUAACAUGGACUUGGUCUUUGGAGACGUUGAUGGCGAUGACUGGUCCUACUGGGCCCUCGAGCACUUCGAGUCCACCCAGAUGCCGCAGGAGAUGGACUUGACGGCUCUCCCUGAACCGGAACCAUGUGCUGCAGACCUAGAAAUGUACUGGGAGACUCCAGAGGCCCCUUGUACCCAUUGUGCUGUCGGUGGCUACCAAUGCAAGCGUAUCCGCGAAGGUAAAUACAAGGGUUACUGUACGAGCUGUGUUGCGUUGCGAUGUGAAUGCAGUUUUGGGCCCCAAGAGAAUAAUCUGACAGCUGAGGCGGGUGCAACUUUCCCCGCCAAUCCUUGGCCCAUCAUGGGCGAUAGACCAGAGACGUCUAUCCUCCACGAGGAUGAAUUGGCUGCUAUUAUUACCUCGGGGCCGCCGGGAUCGUGUUUAAAUGCUAUUGCUGAGGAUAAACAGCCAUCGCCAAAGCCUCAGCAAAUGCCCAAGAUUGGUGCGCGGUUUUCUCGCGAGUCUGUGAAGAUCCUAAAAAACUGGGUGUCAACGCAUAGUAGACACCCGUAUCCUACCGAGGAGGAAAAAGAAGGCCUACAGAAGAUUACUGGUCUUAAUAAGACACAGAUUACUAACUGGCUAGCAAAUGCCCGCCGUCGGGGCAAGAUCCAACCUACCCGAGCGACAUCCCCUCAUAUCGGCCGAGGAUACGUCCAAGCUAUCGAUAUUCCUCAACGGAGAGGCACACCAGCGUUGUUUGAAAGCAUGAACCCUUUGCAACGUUGGGCGAACUCUCCGCCCGAGAACGAACCGGCUUCUGUCGCGGCUAUUGCUCGAGCCGUGUCGGCUUCUUCCUCAUACUCACAAACCUCUGGAUCUGGACGUAACAGUCCUUACGUGUCCAACUAUUCAGACGAUGGAUCUAGUAGAUCAUUGUGCAAUCAGUCGUCUGCUAGCAGUCUUGGCACUUCCCACUCGAGUGGUGGUUCUUUCGCAUCCGCGUAUUCUAACAAAUCGCGUGGUUCACUCGGUUCUUUGCCAUCAUUCGUUCGAACUCGGGGACGACGUCGCCGUCGACGAGCUCCCCCUAAACGAGCCGACGAAAGUCUCAACCAACCACUGAAAACUUUCCAGUGUACUUUCUGUACCGAAACUUUUAGAACCAAACAUGACUGGCAGCGGCACGAGAAAUCGUUGCACCUGUCCCUCGAGCGAUGGAUAUGUUCGCCUGAGGGACCAAAGGUUAUCAACCAUGAGAAUGGCCUGAUGAGCUGCGUCUUUUGCGGCGAAGUAAAUCCGAACGACGCUCAUAUCGAAUCCCAUAACUACUCUGGAUGCACCGAGCGAACACAAGAAGAGAGAACAUUCUAUAGGAAGGAUCAUCUCCGCCAACACCUUAAACUUGUGCACAAUGUCAAGUUUCUUUCGUGGGCAAUGGAUAGGUGGCGAGUAGCGUCUCCCGAGAUUCGAUCACGAUGCGGUUUCUGUGGUAUCGUACUCGAUAGUUGGACAAUCAGAGUUGACCAUUUGGCCGAGCAUUUCAAGACCGGUAACACUAUGGCUGACUGGAAGGGUGACUGGGGUUUUGAAGCGCCCGUUCUUGAGAUGGUUGAAAACUCCAUCCCACCUUAUUUAAUUCACGACGAAAGAAAUACGCCUCUUCCGUAUAGAGCCAGUAGCGGUACACCUACGACGCCGACAAGUGCUUAUGAACUCCUGAAGUUGGAGCUUCAGCAUUAUACUUCCGUCCGUGCAGCGGAUACGGGGAAAACGCCGACCGAUGAUGAGUUACAACGAGAGGCUUGUGCCAUCAUUUUCGAGUCACAGGCCCACUCGCGACAAUCCCGAUGGGAGCCGUCAUCUUGGCUCCGUGAUCUGAUCGUUUCCUCGGAAGAGAAUUCUCUGCAUGCUGCGUUACGGCCAAUUCGGAGCCAGUCGGAUAACCGGCUAACAUCGCUUCAUAUUAACGGCAGAGAUAAUAUAUUUGAGGGAUGCGAGUUCGAAAAACAAAUGCAGGAUUUUGUCAAGGCCAAGCAACUAUUAGGCCUAACGGCCAUGGAUCAUGAACUUCAAGUCGAAGCUUGUCGCAUCAUUGGUAGAAUGGAAGAAAAGUCGGGUAACCCGAUGGAAGAUAUAGCGAAUUGGAUGCUUCGCAUGAUAUACGGAUCUCCAAAGUGGCUUGAGAACUUCAGGCAACGGGCGCAUCUACCGCGUAGCGAAGACGUGGGUGACGUCAAUCUAAGGUCUAAGGAUCCCAAGACUAUCGAUUCGACCAUCCACAACUACAGUAGGUUGGAGCAAGAACUCGGUGAGUACCUUCAAAGCCAGAGGUCAAUGGGAAUUGAACCCGAGGAUGCCGACUUGCAGCGGAAUGCCCGCAUCAUUAUCUACGAUAGCGACGACGAAUGGAAUCAGACAGCAGCAGAUGAUAAGGACUGGCUUCUUCGUUUCAGACAGAGACACCCUUCUAAUCGUGCUCCUACGGCUUCCGCAUCGAGCAACUCCCCGGCGGUCCAUAAAAAGUCCCAGUCCCCACCGCAGGCGCAGACUCCUGCAAGGGAUUCCCAAUAUGUUGGUCCUUUAUUCAGCAAUUUACCAUCCCUUGAUGACCACCAACAAGCACCUAGCGGUAACCUCAACGUCACCGCCAACGAUAACAACAAUAAUUCCAUCAAAACAGGUCCCUUCUUCCUUAACGACACAAACUGUUACCGCCGCUUGGCCCGUGGACUCAGUCGCUUCGUAGCAACAACCAUGUCUCCUAAUAAUCCGAAUCGGCACGUGCCGACCGACGAAGAAAUCCAGUACCAAGCACGGUGGCUGAUCUACGAUGACGACGACCCAUGGAACCAAACCGCAGCCGACAACUUCGAAUGGCUCCAACGCUUUAAGCGGGACGUCGGAAUUCUACGAGGAGAUAACGGCCCUGGCCUAGGCAGCACCGCAAAUCAACCAUGGGCGCCAUCAGAAGGCGGGACAGGCUUCGCGCCACCAUACGUAGCGCCGAAUCCAACAGCCACGAUCGAGCCUCUAGACGCAGAUCCCACGGUAUUCAUCCGCGAGGAUGCAAAGCCAUUUGAGCCGGCGGCGAGUACCGCCAACCGCUUCCUACGAAGCUUCACGCGCCGCUUCCCAGCCCCCGCGAAAGUAUUCUGCAGCCGUGAGCUCGAGAACGGAUUGACUGAGUACGUGCGUCGCGAAGUUGGACGCACAGGUGUGUUUCCAAGCGAUGAUGCGCUACGAGAACGAGGGCGUCAGAUCAUGGCUAUGCAGAAAACGAGCUGCGAUGACCCUAUCCUACUCGAGCGCUUCAAGGCCGCUGUCAGGGCCGCCGGACUUCCAGAUCCCGCCGCGGGUAUGGGUGUAAGCACGCCUCUGACGCAAGCGGAUAUCGCGGCGGUGACGGCGGCUUCGAAUCCCGGCGCGUCGGAUGCGGCGCUCGCCACGCUGCCGGAGGAUAUGGACGUGGAUUUCCACUUCACUGACCAAGAGAUGAAUGACUUGCUGCAAGAUGUGGAUCCGGACUUAGGUGGCGGGGUGUCAUUGAGCAACCUGGAUCCCUUGCAUAUAGGAGGUGGUAAUAGUGGUCUAGGCGAAUCGGGCUUCCAGCCUUAAUCGAAAAAAUAUAGGAAGGGUGGUGGCGGUUAUGAUUAUUCUUCUUUCAGCAUAUUAGAUACCAUUUGGGAGUAGUAGCAUUUAUUCUUUUAGGGUAGGCGUUGAUGCUUUGAAUUGCACUUUUUGAUAUCUACCUGUAUUAUAUUGAGUGAUAGCUAAGGGAUGGUUGGAUGAUAGGUAAUGAAACAACCUCACUCUGCUCUACAAGUCCCUCAUUCG